UGCCCUCGACAGCUCCAACAAAAUAUUAGUGGUUCGGACGAUAUUUAGUGAUGGACACUUUUCCAUUACAGGAUAUUGCAGCAUGAAGAAGGAGCAAGUUGUCAACUGUCAGUUUUCGGUUUGGUAUCCGAUAUUCAAGAAAUAUACGAUUAAAAGUCUGAUUCUCCCACUGCCUCAGAAUGUAAUAGACUAUUUACUGGACGAUGGGACACUGGUAGUCUCUGGGAGUGACCAUAACACACAGCAGACACACACUAACAACAGCGACUCAGAUGCAGAGGAAGACAUUCAGUGGUCAGAUGAUGAGACAACCAGCACUGUCACAGCUCCUGAGUUCCCAGAAUUCACCUCUAAAGUACUUGAGGCCAUAAAUGCCCUGGGUGGACGUGUCUUUCCCAAACUCAAUUGGAGUGCUCCUCGGGAUGCUAACUGGAUUGCUCUGAACAGUUCCCUGCAGUGUCACAGUCUCAGUGAUAUAUUUCUGCUCUUCAAAAGUUCAGACUUCAUCACCCACGACCUGACGCAGCCAUUCCUUCAUUGUAGUGACCAGGAUUCCCCAGAUCCAGUCUUCAACUAUGAGCUGGUCCUGAGAAAGUGGAGCGAGUUGAUUCCUGGCGGAGAGUUCCGCUGCUUUGUCAAAGAAAACAAACUGAUUGCUAUAUCCCAGAGAGACUACACUCAGUAUUACCAUCACAUCUUGAAGCAGGAGGAGCAGAUCUGUCAGGCCAUACAGGAAUUCUUCAGCCAGCACAUCCAGUACAAAUUUCUGGAUGAAGACUUUGUGUUUGAUGUCUACAGAGAUAGCCAAGGCAGAGUGUGGCUGAUCGACUUGAACCCAUUCGGAGAGGUGACAGACUCACUGCUGUUCAGCUGGGAGGAGCUGACGUCUGGUGGAGAAAUCGCCCACCAACAGGAGGGCCCGGCGUUCCGCUACACAAACAGCGAGGUGACGGUGCAGCCCAGUCCCUGUCUGAGCUACAGGAUCCCACGGGACUUUGUGGACCUCUCCACCGGAGAAGACGCCUACAAACUCAUUGACUUCCUCAAACUGACGAAAAGUCAGCAGGAAGAAUCUGAGGAGGAGGAGGAAGAGGAGGAGAACGCUCCACAGUGACACAGUUCCCCUGAAACCUGAAGAAUAGCUGCUAGUGUCAACAGUCCUCCACAUAAUGUUGUCUGCAUGAAGUGACUCUUUACCCUCUGUCCUGUUUGAGCUUAUCUUUUUAUUUCAGCCUGUUUUCUCUCACGCUCUCUCCUGGUAACAGUACAUGGUGUACCCGAGGUUUCUUAAGUAGCUCUCUUGCGUUAGUUUAAUGGAACAUGUUAAAUUAACAGAUCAUGUUAACGGCUCUUUGAGGAUUCAUUUUCUUGUUCCCUGCCUCUGACUCUGCUGAGAGCUGUCUUGCCAGUCGUAAUGGCUCUGUGAGACGGGCGGAGGGAGGCCUCUGCAGUGUCGAAUGGUUUGUUGUUUCAGUUUUGAUUAAAUGAUUUGUUUUGGGGGAAACUGUGUUAUUGCAGGGGAUAUUCAGUAAAACUGUAAAGAAUGCUUGCUUUUCUACUUUAAAAUUAGUGUGUAUAUUAGUUUAUGUGACUUAAUUUCAGCCCAAAUAGUGUCUCUGGAUUCAAAAUGAACUAGUCCACAUACACAUUUCAUUGUACCUCUGUGUUGGUGUGUUAUGAGGCUGUGACAGACUUCUUUAUUUAACACUAAGCCGGUCAUCACUUUAGUCACCUUUAAUUUUUUCUUCCCAGCCACCCCUUCCCCUCCAUCUCCCUCUGCCAAUUUUCUCUAAGCAGUUUUGACACAGUCAUUGCUCCGAGUCGCUCCGGGCACUCUUUUCGAGUCCUGUUUUCCCAUCAUGCAUCGCUGUAGACUGUUGCUCCAAAAAACACCAUUAAAUUUCUUGUCGUGUAUUGA